AGAAUACCCAUGGCGUGCCGUUUAUGCAGAUACUUUGAAUGACUAGCAAAAUAUGCUCUCGAAAAAAUGUUGUCUGUAAUUUUUAGGACUGUUUCGUGACAAAGUGGUGUAUUUCUGGAGUACGUUGAAGAAGUGUUGGGAAUUUUAAGAUACUUCAGUCAAGGAACAAACAUGGCGCUGACAAUGUCCUAUGACAGUCAGACCAAAAAUCUGUUGAACCAGGCGUUACAACAGACGUCACACUUCAAACAUAAGACGUUGUGGAAGGACGCUGUGACGGUCGCGAAUCAAAACCAACAUGUAGUCAGAAUGAGGCUGAUGGAUAGGAGGCGGGAAAAUGCCAAAAUUAAAGCCAAGGUCAAAAGAGACAUCCUUGGCAGACCCCAGUUGAUAGCGUAUUUAGGACUACCAGUACCUGUAAGUAGUAUAUAUCUAUAGUUUAUAUAUCGUACAUGAGCUGUACAGUGAAUUCAUCAGCAUGAUCUCAUCAAACCGAAAUUAUUGAUUGAGUCUUGUGUACCACGAAAAUAUUGUAGAUGCAUUGAUAGGUGAUUCUUAAUCAAGACAGGUCAAAAAUAGAAAUAAGCAAGUAUAUCUUAUUGAAAAUAGACAAGAUUUGUAAUGAUGUAAUUUAAACAAUCCACAACGCAAACAUUGUCCACAAUCUAAGCUUCUUCUUAUCGUUUUUAGUGUAAAAUUUCCUCCAUAUAUUGCAAAGAUCAAAAAACUUUUCAUAGCUUUAUCCAAAUUAACAAUAGAAAUGAUUUCCCCCCAAGUUACCAAAAUGCACGAAAAUUCCUGUUUCCUGCACAUUUCCCACUCAAAUUAAAUAGAUAAGAAUUUCGAUCUCGUCUCCACUGCAUAAGUCAUUUGAGGUUAGAUGCAGGUAUAUUUGAUUGAAUAUAAACGUGGCAUGAGCUUCGUGCUAUGUAAUCGGCUUGGAUUUGGGUGUCAAUCAGUUCAGGUGCUUUUCAGAACUCCCACAAAACAUUCUACCCCCAGACAAAUUAAUAGAUGCAAGACACCACGGUUUAAUAAAGUUGUAUGUCUAUGAACGCCUAAGCGGAGUUAUUUAAUGAAUAUCAGCAUCAAUGGAAUUAGUUGCCAAUAAAUCUAUAAUUAUGCAUCAAACUUGAUAUUUGCUUUAAGAAUCGUGAACGACCACAAGGACUGAAGGGCUUUGAUUUUGAUAACUGUUGAGGAAGUGUUUGUGAAGUCUAUUGUAACCCAUUUUUUCUGUAUACAAACAAAUUGUUGCAUGUUUACAAUAAGAUAGCAAAACUCCUUUCUUCUCAUUUGAAUGUAUUUGUGUUACUGUUGAAACUAUUGAUGGCCAUACAUCAGGUUGGGUAUUUAAAAAUUGUGUACAGUAUAUCAUUACUUUUGUAUGUCACAGACCUGUCCUUUUUUCUCGAGUUUUUGAGAUUUGACAAAAAGAUUCAUAGAGUAACACUCACAUGCAAAUAUCACAGUAGAAAAGAGAGAAAUUAACCCAAGGUAGUUCAAAAUAAUGUUCAACGUAACCUGUCAAUAUUUUUCUCGCUUCGGAAGUGCUGACGGAUCAUUUGGAACUGCGAUCAAAUUUGAGGAAAAUAAAUUAAAUCAACAAGGAAUCGGUGGAAUCGAUUAAAAACCAGCCUGAAUGGGCGAGUUAUCUUUUGUACCCCGUUGUGACGUGUAAUUGUUCUAACAGAUAUUCAGCAAGCAAUCAGUAUCUUUUAAUCUUCAAUAAUGCACAACAAAGACACUGGCAACAGUCUUGGAUGGACUUUAAUUAAGACAAUCCACUGUGUCGAGACCCGUUGUCAAGACCUAAACAAUCGCAUCUCUCCUUUUUAAAGUUUUCAAAUCGGAUUCGAAAAUAAUUCACAAGGAUUAACUUGAUAUUAUGAACAUUAAGGAGAGCCGUGAAUAAGCUGUGUCUUGAUUUUUCGUGUCUGAAUUCUAUUAUGAGUGAUUGUGAAGAUGAGGAGGGUUACAAAUCCCCCCAACCACCUCCAUUCAAACGGGCGCCCAGUUUUGAGGUUGUUAUUGACCCUAUAGACGAGCCCUGGGAGUGGCCGGCCAAACCAGAGAACACCGAGGCCACCAGCGAUGAUAGUGACGAUGAUAUUUUUGGAAGAGGGAGUGCGGCAUCAAACGAGGAGCCAUAUAUAAAGUUUCGAAGAAUGGCGAGAGCCGUGAAAAUGUUGAUUGGUGUAUGCCACGUGUGUCGGAGUUUGUUGGUGAAUUCUGUGUCAAAAGAAAACUGGUUCGCGUUGUUGGAUAAUUUGGUUGCCGCCACAACACUGCAACAAUCACAAAAGAAAGGAAGGGCGUUUGUUGCGCUGGUUACUACCGAAAAACACAAGAUGGAACAGCUGACUUUUGACAUAAACGAUUAUAAGCAACAGAGACAUACAAAGGAUUUGUUCACGGAGGAAAUUCGGGAGAUCAUGCGCCAGAGACCGGGGACGAGGGACAAUGAACAGAUCAUGGAGGUGGUGAGGGUCAUGAAGGGCAUGUCCAAGCAGUUCUGCGAGUACUCUUUGAUAGUCCAGAAAAAGAUAUGCCAGUACUCUUUCUACGACAAGUACCGGCACAACCGCGUGAUAAUCCGGCGUGGACUUCCGCCGGAUGGAAUCUAUUUCGUCAUCAGUGGUACAUUGAUUUCUAAACCAGACAACAAAAGGAACCCAGACGAACUCCACGCCGGAGAAAAGUUUGGGGAGGAGGACCUGGUGUGCGGCUGCGGAAGACGAGCCACGGUGAUCACCAGACACGAGGUCGAGCUGCUUUUCCUUCACAGAUUUGAUUAUAUGGAUAUAUUCGAUAUGUCUGCGGAUUCGAACGACCCAAAGAAUCUCAACAUUUGCCGUAGAGAUGUGGUGCUCCGUCAUUUUCCGUUGGAGAAAUUGGAGGAAAACCCAGGAACAUGGAGUACUUUGAAAUACAGGUACGGUCGUCUGAUAGUGAAAGACAGCAAUGAAAUGGAGUGGAUUUACGUCAUCUUGUCUGGUGAAGCACGUGUCAUUGCGCGGCUAAAACCGGACACCAUUGAUGUUAAAGCCAGACGACAACAAAUUCAGAAAACAAUAGAACAUGAUUCACCAUUCUACAAGAAAAAGAAAAUCCUCAACUUUGUAUCAGAUAGAGCACAUGUGAAAUCAAAGUACAGUCCUGCAAGCUACUAUCCUGGAGCUCGGAGAGAUUUAAUGUCGGCGCCCCCCGCGCCGGGACACAGGCAGUGCCUCGAUGACAUAGCGUACAAAAGUAUACCAGACUCUCCGAACGCCGUUACGUCAAUAAAGGGCUUUCUCCGAUCCAAGUCAGAAAUAUUAGAAACCAAAACGCAGAAACUACCUAAAAUAGAAAUUAAAGACAGUGAAGAAGUGGAAGCAAAAGAAAAUGAGGAAAAUAAUGAAAACAUAAGACCCACCUCAGCCAUGGCUGUGGAAUCGCAACAAUUAACUUUUACAGAAAUAACUGCUAACAAAACGUCGUUUUACCAGAAAACUGGUCGAAAUUUCCCUGGGAGUAAUAAAGUAAGGCCAAAGUCUGAGAACCUGCAUGUGAAGAGAAAUAAACGUUUAACACACGAACAAAUGAUUGAACGUCUACAAAUGGCGGAACGCAAACGGCUAAAAGAAAAGUUCAUGAACGCGCCCAAUAUCAAACCACAACGUGUCGUCAUCACCCAUGAGAAAGAGACGGCCGAACUCCCCUCAUUUGUACAGGUGGAAACGCUGCAUCCGGGCCAAACCUUUGGGCUGCGAUCUUGCCUUGAAUCCUUUGAGAGAGGACCUUCAGUCAGUCUGGUCAGCGGAGACUGUGAAGUAUUGGCGCUCAACAAGAAGUUCUUUUUACGUCAUUGUGAUGACGCUAUGUUCAGUCUCAUCAGACUAAAGGCUAAACCUUUUCCACAACAGAGUGAAUUAGUAGACCGGCUAGACAUAACCCUACAGUGGGACGAAUUUAAACAGCAGACACUGAGAGACUACCUCAGGCGGCGGGUUAGAAAACAUUGAUUAUGGACGGAUGUAUUAUCAUAACGAGGCUGAAAAUCGACGCAAUAUUUCCCAUGAUACAGCAACAUAUGCUGGAUUUAGUGCUGUGAAAAUUGUGUACAUGUACUCUUACGCUUCAUAUCAGUAUUAAUGUUUAUUACUAUUAAAACAUUUUUAUGUUU